UUUCGGAUUUCCCAGGUCGCUCCGCCAUGGCGCUGGAGGCGGGGGCGGAGGUUUGGGUGCCCUGCGACGCGGAGAUUUGGCGCCCGGGGCUGGUCCUGGGCUUCGAGGACACCUCCGCAGGUGAGGUGGUGGUGGUGGAGGUCAAGGGCAAGGGCUCCGGCAAGGGGCACCGCCCCAUCGUCACCCGGGAAGAGGUCCGGGUACCGCGGCCGAAAGCCACGGGAAGCUGCCAGCUGCACCUGCGCAACGAGGUGCUGCGGUCCAACCGCGGGGCUUUGGAGCUGCAGGACCUGGGCCUGCUGCCGUUGCUCCACGAGCCCGCGGUGCUCCAUGCGCUGCAGCUCCGCUUCCAACAGGAUGCCAUCUACACCUUGACGGGCCCCAUGCUGCUGGCGGUGAACCCUUUCAAGGCCCUGCCGCAGCUCUACGGCGCGGAGCGCCUGGAGGCGGUGAUCCGCCAGAUCCGCCCCGAAGCCCAGGAGAAGGAGCCUGAGGAGCCCCACAUCUACGCCGUCGCCAAGGCCGCCUAUGAGGGCGUGUGGCACCGCGCAGUGGGCCAAACGGUGCUCGUCUCCGGGGAGAGCGGCGCGGGCAAAACGGAGACCACGAAGUUUGUGAUGCGCUUCCUGGCGCUGGCGGGCGCCGGAGGCGCGGAGGCCUCCAUGUCCACGGUGGAGCGACAGGUCCUGGACUCCAUCCCGGUGUUGGAGGCCUUGGGCAAUGCCAAGACCCUGCGCAACGAGAACAGCUCCCGCUUCGGGAAGUACAUUGAGCUCCAGUUCAAAGCGGCCGCCUCCGCCCCCCGCCUGGUGGGGGCACACACCCAUACCUACCUGCUGGAGAAGGUGCGGGUGGUACACCAGCAGGAGAGGGAGAGGAGCUUCCACAUCUUUUACCAGCUCCUGGCCGCCGCGGAGCGAGAGGAGCAGGGAUCCACCAGCGUGUGCGGCGUGCCGAUCCAGGAGCCCCUGUCGUCCCUGCAGGUGGAGAGCUUCAGAUACCUCCGCGGCUCCAAGUGCUGGACCUUGGACGAGGACGUGGACGAGGCCCAGCUCUUCGACGCCACGGUGAAGGGCAUGCGCCACUUCGGGCUGGAGGAGCACUUGCCGGGGAUCCUGCAGACGCUGCUGGCGGUGCUCCACCUAGGCAACGUGACCUUCGAGGUCCCGAAGACCAACUCGGAGGCGUCGGCGGCCGAGCUGUGUGCGCCGCUGUGCAACGCGCUCGGCUUGGACCCGCAAAAGCUGGAGGCCGCCUUCUGCACGCGGACCAUGCAGGCCCCAGGUGAGGGUGUCAUAACGAUGCCCAACACUGUGGAGAAGGCCGCAGACAGCCGGGACUCUUUGGCGCGACAUUUGUAUGAUGCCCUCUUCACCUUCGUGGUGGCGCGCAUCAACGCCACUGUGAGCGAGACAGGGGGCGCUGCCUGGAGCAAGGCUAAGAGCAAGCUGCUGCCCUUUGUGGGCGUGUUGGACAUCUUCGGCUUCGAGUUCUUUGAGCAGAACUCCCUUGAGCAGCUGUUCAUCAACUUCACCAACGAGUUGCUUCAGCAGUACUUUAACGAGGUGAUCUUCGAGCAUGAGGCGGAGCUGUACAGGAGGGAAGGCAUCCAGUGGGACCCGCUGGACUUCCCGGACAACCACGCCAUCGUGGACCUCGUGGGUAAGGCCCCCAUGGGCAUCCUGCCCAUGCUGGACGAGGAGUGCAUCACCACGGGCGGGAGCUCGGAGAAGUGGUGCUCCAAGCUUUGCAAAGCCCAUGGCUCUCAUGGCCACUUCGGGGUGGUGAAGCUGAACCAGCACAACUUCAUCGUCCGCCACUUCGCAGGACCGGUGGAGUACAUGUCCAAGAGCUUCGUGGAGAAGAACCGCGAUGCCCUGGGCGCAGACCUGGUGAAGUGCCUCAAGGCCAGCUCCAAGCCCUUCGUCCAGCAGUUGGUGAGCGCCGCCGACCGCUCCUUCGGCACCACCGCCGAGACCACCGCCCAGGGCGCCACGCGCCGCACCCGCGCCAAGCGCUACACCGUGGCCUCGGAGUUCCAGGGACAGCUCCAGAACCUCAUGGAGCGCAUCCGGGCCACAGAGCCCCACUUCGUGCGCUGCAUCAAGCCCAACGCGCAGAGCUCUGCCGGGAUCUUCGAGCGGAGGGGCGUGGUGCAGCAGCUGCAGUACCAGGGCGUGCUGCAGGCCAUCGAGGUGAGCCGCGUGGGCUUCCCGGUGCGCCUCAAGCACCGCCAGGCGGUCAUGGAGUUCAAGUGCCUCACGGCCGACCGUGCCGUGGAAGCGCAGGCUGCGCGGGGCCAGCUGGCUGCGGCGGCCAAGCUGCUCUUCGAGGGCCUGACGGAGCCAAGCUCCCCAAUGAGUCCCCGCACACCACGCACCCCAAAGACCCCAAUUGCCCCGCAGACCCCGCGCACGCCGCGCCGGGCAUCCGUGGCGGCGACAAGUGGCGCUGCGGUGUGUGCCAAAGGCACCUGGGCGGUGGGGAAGACUUUGGUGUUUCUGAAGCGCGAGGCCGUGGAGGCGUUGAGCCACGCGCUGUCCAAGUGCCGGCGCCUGGCGGCGGUUCAGCUCGAGGCCUUCGCCCGGGGCCGGCUGCAGCGCCGGCGCUUCGUGGCGCUGCGCCGCGCGGUGCUCCGCCUGCAGUGCGCUGCCCGGGUGCGCCUGGCGCGGCGCCGCGUCGCGGAGCUGCGGCGAAACCGGGCCGCCCGCGUGCUGCAGAGCUGGCGCCGCGGCCAAGUGGCGCGCACCGCGGCGGAGCGCCAGCGCCGUGCCGUGGCUUUCGUCCAGGCCUGGGCCAAGGCACGCAGUUUGCGGCGCCGGCUGCUGCGGCAAAAAGCCGCGGCAAGGCGUCUGCAGCGAUUCUGGUGCCGGAGGAUGCUGACCGUUCACAUCAAGCGACGCGUGGCGAGCGCCGUGGCCGCCCAGCGGCUGUGGCGCGGGCAUCGCGGCCGCCAAAGAGCGGAGCAACAGAGGCUGGACGAUUUCCGGAAGCGCCGUGCCGCCCACCUGAUCCUGCAAGCCUGGCGCCACAGCAUUGUGCACCGCGUGCUGGAGAAGGACCUCGACGAGUUCUUCGGUCAAGCAGGAAAGGACGCCAUCAAUCAGAAGAUCCAAAGUAGACUUCAGGUGUCAUCUCGGGGCCAGCUGCACGCCACGGUGGGCUUCCUGCGCGCCAAAGUGCAGCGCUCCCAGCGGCGGCUCCAGAAACUCCGAGCCCAGGAAGAGGCGCUGCAGGCGGUGGGCGUUGUGGAGCCAUUGGAGCAGAAGAUUGAACGAAUCGUUUGGGACAAGAAGCGAGGGCUCCAGCGCACCGAGCGUCAAAAACAGCAGGACAUGCGCAAGAUCAUGGAGCGUGCCAGCAGCCGGCCGCUUCUCAUGCAGCAGGCAGACAGCCUCGUGCGGGCCAAGCGCCGGGCUCUCUUCCGGGUGCGCAACGCUUUGCGCGCAGCAGGCGUGCGGGAGGUGAGCCGACACUUUGCAGAUGAUGAGUUGGAGGAAAUGGAGCGAUGUGAGGAUGGGGAGAAGGAGUCAUACGGCUACACCACUGGGACUGAGCCUGUGACAGACGCCAUCACGCAAGGCAGCCUCUUCCGCCCAUAA